AUGAACACAGAUAGAAGAAGAAUAUUAGGGCCACAAGACGCCCGAAUCCCCGACUUGGGUAUAUCUACCAACGCUAACAAUUCUAUGGAUAUAGAUCCUGCUGGAUUUGCCGCUGAAAAGCGCUCCUCAGAUAUCCAAAAGAUGUUUAUGAAGACAAACUUCAUUUCCAACGCCAACGGCUCUUCGUACAUAGAACAUGGAGACACCAUCGUCCAAGUGUCUGUGUUUGGCCCCAGGCCAAUAAAGUCCAGUUUUAUUGAACAAGCAUCGUUCUCAGUUGAGUGUCGAUUUCUUCCUCACUUAAAACAAGAUGAUGCCCUUGAUAUAGAUGGGGACCACCAUUCUAAUCCCAAUGGAAGAACAGGAUUAUCAUACACAGAACAUAAGAUUAGUUCAUUCGUGGAAAGCUGUCUUGUUCCCAGUAUCUUAUUGGAUAAAUACCCCAAGCUGACGAUAGACUUACACAUUACGGUGAUAGAGCAUAAUAGUGAAUCUACUAGUUUGACCAAUUUGGUGAAUUGGAUAACUGUCGCAUCUUCAUUAGCAUUGGUUGAUUCGGGCGUCGAAGUAAGAGAUAUUGUAACGGCGGGCCAUAUAAUUUCAGAUGGUCAACAUGUAAUACUAGAUCCUAUAGAGCCAGUCUCUAAAAGAACGGACUGUCUUGUAUGCUUUAUGAACUUAAAAAAUGAAAUAGUUGGUAUAUGGGUUGAUGGGGACCUAGAUAACUUGGACACGGCUAUAGAGGAGUGCAACAAGAUGUCCAGAACUAUACGGGGAAAUAUCAAUUCUUAUUUACUCUCUACUUGA